AUGUCUCGCAUCCAGUACCGAAGCAGCCUCUCGAGAGCGCUCGAGACUCUAUCGGGCCUGGCCACCCGUAUUCACUGCGUCGAAGACAAAGACUUCGAUGCGGAGCUCGUCGCUUUUCUAGUCCCCCACCUGAACGACGACAACGCUCGCCGCCGCCUUCUCUCCUUCCUCGACCACAACAACGGCAUGUGGGCCUGUUUGGCCUCGAUCUGCGCUGAAGGAUACGGGGUCCGCAAGGGGACAGUUGGAGGAUGCGAAUGUCCCUAUCACGGGAACCCUCGAGUGAUUUUCAUUAUCGGCCAUGGAAGGCAGCAACUCCCAUUGAUGAAAACCUGGGUAGGCGUCAUGGCUCCGGCUUGGGGGAAGCGGCAGAGCUGGGGUAGAGGAUCAAAGAUAUGA